CGCAGAUUCCCAGCCCAUCUUCAACUUGCAGACCCCGCCACGGCGACCGCAGUUCCACACGCCUAGACAGGAGUUCGAGACCCCGCCCCCGCCUCGGGGUAUGCCCGACCUUCCAGGCCCUCCCUCGUCUGAGGACGAGAGGGAGGAGCACACACCGCUGAUGCAAAGCCGAGAUGUUCAAGGCGAUCUUACCGCGAUGAAGACGCCACGCCCACCUGGCGCCUGGUUGAUGACCCCUGCGCCAUCCCGACAAUUCAUCAGUGAGCCAGAGGAGGCGGAGCGCUCCUCGGACACAGCUCCCCCUGAGGCCAAUUCGUCAGCUGACAGCGGACUGGCAACUCCACCGUUAACUCUCUCCCGGGCACAGACGUUCCCGCUCCAGACGCCGGCGCCGCCCGGAGGCUGGGUUGCUACUCCAGCACCGGCCACUGCAUCGCGUAGGCGGGGGAGCUUGUUGAAGGUCCGUUUUGACCUAGAGUCCGAGACUGCGUCGGAGGGUGCUGCUCCGUCUGCGGAAGACGGGAGCAUGGGGUCGGAAGCGGACCCCCGUCAGCAGCCUGCAGGCGCGGACGCCUCUGGGCAACUGCUCAAUGGCACUGGCAAUGGGGAUGCAUCAGCGGCAUCUAGUGUAGAGCCCACAGAGUCGUCGGUCGAGCCUCCUCCCACGCCCCCAUCCUUGCGUGAGCGUAUUCGCAAGAAGUCACCCAGCAUUAGGAUAUUGGAUGCGUACGGACGAGAGCACGUCGAAACUGAACCUGUCGCGCAAAGCGAAAGUGUCCCAGAUCCUACGGAAGUGCCGCCCCCCGAUCCUCGACAACAACGAUCGUCAACUCCUCCCAUCCCACGCAAAGAUGGUCUCAUGAAUUCGGUCGCCACUCCACGUAAUAGGAGCGGAGUGCGUGUUGUCGAUGCCAUGGGGCGGGAGAUCGAGGAAGACGAUUCGCUGCCUUUGGUAGACGACGAGUCCAUCCUCAGCAACACGCCUCUGUCCCACAACGAGGCGCUGACUCGGAUGCGCGAUACGCUGUCGAGCAUGAAGCAGGAGCUGAGCGACGCUGACAGGUACGCGGUCCCGCCCGCGGCCGAGAAGGAGCAAUGUCGCAAUGCGCAACUCACUCGGAGCAAGAUAGCGAAGUCGCUUCAGGUGGCGCAGAGCGCGGAGAGCAAGUUUGUAAAUCACGCACUGUUCCGGACCAAAAUUGGCAACGAGACGAGCGCGCUGCUGCCCACAGACGAUGCUGAGGUGCGACUUGGGUGGAGCCUCCUCACCUGGCGCUCCCUUGCUUGCUUGAUUCUUGUGCAGUUAUUGCUGCUAGCCAUCAUGUACCGGUACGCCCAUGUCCAGGCGAAGAAGAUCUUCCUGACGACAUAUUACGACUCAUUCAACCCGGAUCUCUACAUUUACCUCCUCAAACCCGAUACCACCAACUACUUGAUACCCACAUGCCCUUCAUGGUCUAUAUUCUCGGUCUUCGGCAGCCUGCAGCGCGCCAGUUGGAGAGGUGUCUUUGCCGACGCAUGGGAGAGCGCGAGCUGCGCCUUCUCAUCUCAUCUACAGUUGACCUGGGCCGGAUGGCAUCACGCUCAGGACACCGUCCCACGCACCUGGCCACCAACAUGA